UGUAUAUGAUUGUUUUAAUAGAAAAAAAUUAUUUUAUUAUUUUUACAAGAUCAAAUCUCUUAUUUUCUUCAUCAAACAAACCAUUGGGUUGUUUCGAAAAUUUCAGUUGACAAUUGUUAAAAGAAAGAAACACAUUAUUUGUUUGUUUUCGUGAUCAAAUUUCUCGCUCUCUGGGUGUGUUAGUUGGUUGGUGUUCUUUCUUUCUUUAUUUCCUUCUUUUGGUUUUCGCAUAAACAGUUUAGUUUAUUGAGAAUCUGUCUUUUUUUUUUUUCUCGGGUAAUCGGUAAUCUUAGGGAGAAUAAGCAGGAGCGAAGAAACCUAACCUAAUCCCAUCGCGUGUCUGUACUGUGAUUGAAUUUGAGGUACCUUCCCUAAUUUCUGAGUUAUUAAACAGUUGAAAGAAACAAGCACUCUUGUCUAGUGUGAUCAAUGACUACACUUCAGAGUCAGGGAGGUAAAGAAACUGCAACAGUUGAAAAAUCAGCUUCCUCUUUCAAAAGAUGGGGUAGAAAAAGCCCUUUUCUUAGAUAUGGCCUUCCUAUGAUUUCUCUUACUGUCCUCGGUGCUCUUGGCCUUGGUCAUCUUUUGCAAGGCAGCAAGGACAUUGCAAGGGUAAAAGAUGAUCGGGAAUGGGAAAUAAUUGAAGCAAGAAAAGCACUGUCUAGAACAGGACCAGUAAAUGCAUACCAGCCAAAAAAGAUCUCACUGGAGGAUGAGCUAAAGGCUUUGCAACAAAAGGUGGACAUUAAUGACUAUGAUUACAAGAAAAUUCCUAUACCAAAAGAAGACAGGCAUGCCUAGACCGGAGUUAUGAGCCAGUUUAAUUCUCAUGUACCCAGCUUAAAUCAAUUUUUUUAAGGAGUUAUGAGCCAGUUCAUCUUGCAUAUGAAGUUAUUGUUGUGUGUCUUUAGUGUUUUGACUUUUAACUAUGUAACUAUGACGUUAUGGGGGAGGUAGCUGGGAUAAAUUCUGGCCAUAUCUGUGGAAUUUUUGGGUAUCAAGGAUUCUUAAGUACUGUGAGGUGAACAGUAAAAAGGUACAUGUUUGGUUCUACUUUAAUAAUGGUGAAAAAAGAGUAAAUGUUUGUUCACUUUCUUGUCA